AUCCAUAUCAUCAAAGCGACAUCAGUCGUUACUGUAGCUACAUCAUAGUAUCAACAAAAUUAAUGAUGAUUACCAUUAAAUCAUUUGCUUCCUUGAUCUUCUUUGGAUCUUUAAUCGUUGGAGUACCAUUCCCGCCACUCAACAAUAUUUGGGAGGUAGAUUACAAAGUUCCACCCCUAAACGCGGUUAAAGAUUUAAUUGAGGUCGUUUGCAACUCAACAACGUCCGUCUGCUCAGAAGCUAUCAACUCUUCAUCAGCUCUUACUGGAAACUCGACGGUCCAGUUUGUCAACAAUACUUCCAACCCUAAAGGACUAGGUGACCAGUGUUCAUUGAACAAAGACUGCCGUGAUGUUUUUUACUCCAAGUGCUUCAACGGAACCUGCUCUUGCCAGACUAACUACACUCCUGUUGACGGAAGAUGCAAAGGCUUGAUAGAAGAACCAUGUGAGGAAGAUUCCGACUGCGGAGUUGAUGGUUUCACGUGCAGAGCUCGGGUUUGCAGGUGCCAGACCGGUCUCCAAUCAUCAGCAAACCACAGUCUUUGCUUCCCAUUGGCUGAAGGCUUGCACAAGCACUGCUCCAACGACCAAGGCUGCAAGACGGCGUUUUCCAACUGCUCCAAUGGAACCUGCUCCUGCAGGGACAAUUACGCUACGCAUGAUGGAGUCUGCUAUGGUCUACCUGGCGCCCAAUGUCAUCUGUCCAAGGAUUGUGUCUCUGUACCUUACUCCUGCAAGUCAGGAACUUGUCAAUUAGCAAUCUACGAAUUAAAUGGCAAACAUAUUUUAUCAAAACCGGAAGUUCCUUCAUUCAUCGAGGUAUGGAAUCCAAUUAAAGAGAAGGUCCGUGAUGGUGUGCAAAUAAAAGUGUCUCCAAAUGGCUUACCGUUGUAUCUAACUCGUUCCAAUCUCUCCGACGUCUUCUGGAUAAUUAAGGGUCCUUCAAAGUGGAGAAAGUCGGGUUACACUCUUGACGAGGCUAUUCCUAGAAUCGACCUGGUAGUCGGUAAUUUAAAUCUUUAUUGUCGCAUUAAGCAUGACCAAGACCGACAAUAUGGACGGCUUGAGCCUCCUUAUUAUGAUAAGUGCAUUGUUGGUAUCGGUAAUGAUGUAACUGUCUACGAUAGUUUUGAAGCUCUAGUUGGAGAGUAAUCAUUUUGAUAUUGGAGAUUAUACUGCCAAUAAAUAAUGAUUUGUUUAUCAUAUCGCGUUCCAGAUGCUAUAAGGGCGUAUACACGAAAAAAAGAAAAAUAGAAAAAUUACAUUAUAAAAAGUAACGU